AAAAAACGUACACUGCUAUCCAGUUUAUGAGAUAGCCGACCAUGACCGGCACAACGGUACUGUGGACCGCGCAGCGCUCAGUCGACAGCGCGGCCUUUACCGCCAUGGGUCGUUCCUUGUUUAAAACGUACCAAGCUUUCGCCACAAAAAAUGUUCGAUACGCGACCACGGGCUGCCCGUUUUCGAAACGGCAGCGUUCCCAAAUAGCCCCAACCGCUGAGGUUAGCGAAGAAAUUUUCACUAACGCCAAACCUUACUCUGAGGUUCCAGGGCCUAAGCCUAUUCCGAUUUUGGGGAAUACGUGGCGUAUGGUGCCCGUGAUCGGGCAGUACGAUAUAUCGGAGUUCGCGAAAGUGACGAAAUUAUUCCUGGAUAAAUACGGUCGGAUUGUCAGAUUGGGUGGUUUGAUUGGACGUCCGGAUUUGUUGUUUGUGUACGAUGCUGAUGAGAUUGAGAGGAUGUACAGGCGAGAGGGUCCGACACCGUUCAGACCAGCUAUGCCGUGCCUGGUGAAGUACAAGUCGGAGGUCAGGAAGGACUUCUUUGGAGAACUGCCAGGAGUUGUUGGGGUACAUGGCGAAAAAUGGCGUCAGUUCCGCUCAAAAGUCCAGCGCCCCAUCCUCCAGCCUCAAACCGUGAAGAAAUACGUGGCCCCCAUCGAGACCGUUACUGAGGACUUCAUCAGGUACAUGGAGAACGCGAGGGACGAGCUUGGGGAUCUGCCACAUGAGUUCGAUAAUGAUAUUCAUCGGUGGUCUUUGGAAUGUAUCGGACGAGUAGCGCUCGACACGCGGCUUGGCUGCCUAUCAUCCGAGCUGACCAAAGAAUCGGAGCCGCAACGCAUUAUAGAUGCGGCAAAAUUCGCACUGAGGAACGUAGCUGUGCUUGAGCUGAAGGCGCCGUACUGGCGGUAUAUACCGACGCCGCUAUGGACGAAAUAUGUUAAUAAUAUGAACUUCUUUGUCGAGUUGUGCUCAAAAUACAUCAACGAAGCGUUAGAAAGACUAAAGACCAAGAAAGUGACCUCGGAAAACGACUUAUCCCUUCUAGAGCGCGUCCUGGCCAGCGAAGGCGAUCCCAAGAUAGCCACCAUCAUGGCACUUGACCUCAUUCUUGUGGGAAUUGACACGAUAUCAAUGGCUGUCUGCUCAAUCUUAUACCAAGCGGCCACGCGUCUGCCGCAACAAGAAAAGAUGGCGGAGGAGAUCGCACGAGUCUUCCCUGAUCCUACUAAGCCCAUCAAUUAUGCUGAUCUGGAUAAGCUGCAUUAUACUAAAGCUUUUGUUAGAGAGGUUUUCAGAAUGUAUUCAACUGUCAUAGGCAAUGGCCGUACUUUGCAAGAAGACGAUGUCAUUUGCGGAUAUCAUAUUCCUAAGGGGGUUCAAGUGGUAUUCCCCACCAUAGUGACCGGCAACAUGGAGCAGUUCGUGUCCAACCCGUUGGAGUUCAAGCCAGAGCGCUGGCUGGAGGGCGACGGGCGGCUGCACUCCUUCGCGUCCCUGCCUUACGGAUUUGGAGCCAGGAUCUGCUUGGGACGGCGGUUCGCUGAUUUGGAGAUACAAGUUCUGCUGGUUAAGUUAAUCCGCCGAUACCGGCUAGAAUACCACCACGAGCCCCUGGACUACGCGGUUACUUUCAUGUACGCGCCAGAGGGCCCGCUGCGCCUGCGCAUGAUUGAACGAUAAGCAAUACCGACUGUUCGAUCUUAUGUAGUUGUACUAAGGUUUACGAAUAGUUAAGUUGGUUAGUUACCCAUACAAUAUAAAUAAGAAAAUAAGAAGUAAGGUUCUCACUUCUUAGAUACAUCGCACGCCAAGAAUAAGCGGGCAACUCGCUCGUUUCUUCCUAGAACGUGCCGAAUCUGGGCUAUAACCGCGAAAAUCAAAGUUCGUCAAUUGCGGGCAUUUUUCUCUGCCACUCUAAUUACGUCUUAGUGAUAGUAAAAGAGAAAGAUACUCGCAAUUUGCGAAUUUCGGUUUUCGCGGUAGGCCCCCUGGAAUGAGUUGCCUCCUGAGUCCUGAGGUAUUUCUUUUGCGCUACGACAUGGGAUUCUUCAAGAAGCGGGUAUUUAGGGUUCUCAAGGGUCGGCAACGCUUAAGUGGCUCUUAUGAUGUUGCUUACGUCAUGGGCCACGAUGACCGCUUUCCAUCAGGCGGCUCGUCUGCUAUACUAAAACAUUUAAAAAAAUAUUAGAAUUAAUCCGAAAGGUUAAGCCGUUGACUAGGUUUAGCGACGCGCGCUCACGUGAUUUUACAAACGAAGAUGAAAAUCGUUGAUAGAAAACGUCAGUUGAAAAUGAAUAAUGUAUGGACAUAGUCACAUGACUUUUUGUAGCGUCUGUUAUCCUGAUACAUUGUUACUUUUAAUUUGGCUUUUGUUAAUGUAUGAUUAUCAUCUUGGUCAGGCCCCUGGAGGCGGUGCUAACGUUUCAAUAAUCGCUUGCGAUAGACCCUGGGGGGCCACGUCGUAGUGGAUUGUUUUUUUUUUAUACUACGUCGGUGGCAAACAAGCAUACGGCCUAUCUUAUGGUAAGCAGUCUCCGUAGUCUAUGUACGCCUGCAAUUCCAGAGGAGUUAUAUGCGCGUUGCCGACCAGUACUCCUUAAAAGCCAAGUACAUAAUAUGUUAGGCCGAUUUGUAGAAAAUUUCAAGGAGUACUUUAUGUAUUAAUCACGUGCCCCUCCCCUUGAUCGACAUCAACUUCUCUACAUUCUAUUACCAAUCGACGCGGUAUUUAUGCAUAUCACAAACCCAAGCACAAUUUAUCGAUGAUCGGCGAUCGAUCGCAUGGUGUGCAUUUACAGAUAGAGAUCUGGCUGCGAAUUUAUCGUUCAUGUUUUCGAUACCUAGUUAAAAUAAUGGAGCGAAUAACGUUUUUAACUUUCUUGGACAGAAUAUGUAAAUAUAAUUAAUGUAAUAUAAAUACAGAAAAGAGUGCAUUACCUACUGCAGGAUAUCGUUACGUAAUAGUUAUAGAAUUAUUGAAAUCAUUAGUACAGCCGCAUUCAGAUAUAUCCGAGCGGCCAAGGUGCUCAUUAAUAUCUGAACACGCCUCUAUUGUCAAGGCGCUAGAGUGCGUGUUCAGAUGUUUUUGGGGUCAUCGACCGCUCCGAUAUAUCUGAUGGCGACGUACGUCCUUAACAAAUACUUUUACGUUCCACCGAGUAACUCUUUAUAUUACCUAUACCUACCUACGAGAUAAUACUUAAUAUGAUGAAUUAAAAAACCAUUGUGAUUAAACCCAAGUAAAAUAGGUACAGUCAGCGUCAAAUACUUCGUAGCAGUCAAAGUAGCCAAAUAGUUCGGUACACCAUAUAUUUAGUAUGGUGUACCGAACUAUUUGGCCACUUUGACGGCUACGAAGUAUUUGACGCUGACUGUACAUGAUUUAUAUUUUUUUAAUAUCGACUGCACGUUAAAUAUAUGUAUUUUUACAUGAGUGUAUACAUAUAUAAGAUUGUAAUUUUCAUUUUUAAAUGUAACAUAGUAUUACUUAAGUCUUAUCAUGUAAAUAAAGUUUUUUACAAAUUAAUAAA